AGACACACUAUUGCAUUAAGAACAGGCGAGUUGAGUGAUCGCAGACGGGAAUGGCGCUUCAUCUGGAGUUUAUGGACACUAUUGAUCACUUUACUGAUCGAUAUUGAUUAAUACCUGCGGGGACAAGAGGAGGAGGUGGAGUGGGGGGUGGGGGGGCAGGGGGGCAUUUCCAUUUCAGCCAGCACUGACCGGCCUUCUGCUCCAAAGACUGCACGAGCCUCUCACUGGAAUAUGUUGUUGUUGCUUUCAAGGAGCCCACGAGCCACGAUCGGGAGCACAGCCUGAUGUAGUGUGUGUGCGCGUGAGUGUUUGUGUGCGUGUCAGUGUGUGUGUGUGUGAGAGAGAGAGUGUGUGAAGGCCGAACUCGGACGGAGCGGCACGCGGGAGCAGCAGCCUCGAGCUCAUGGCUCAGCGGUAUCCGGACCCCCUGUACCCCCCGGACCCCCUGUACCCGGAGUUCUCGGCGGUCCGGCCGGUUCUCGGAGCUCCGCUCUCCGCCAGCGAGGCGCUCCGGCGGGACAAAGACGCGAUCUACGGUCAUCCUCUGUUCCCUCUGCUCGCUCUGGUCUUUGAGAAGUGUGAACUGGCCACGUGCACUCCGCGUGAGGGUGGGCUGGGGGGCGAUGUGUGCUCCUCAUCCUCCUUCGAUGAAGACCUCAGCGUCUUCUCCAAACAGAUCAGAGCUGAGAGGCCCUACUUUCAGCCCAACCCCGACCUGGAUAACCUGAUGGUUCAGGCCAUACAAGUGCUACGAUUUCAUCUUCUAGAGUUAGAAAAGGUUCACGAGCUGUGUGAUAACUUCUGUCACCGGUAUAUCAGCUGCCUGAAGGGGAAGAUGCCGAUGGAUCUGGUGGUGGACGACAGAGAAGGAGCCUCUAAGUCAGACAGCGAGGAGUUCAGCCGCAGCUCUGCAGGAACAGAUCAGAUGUGCUGGAGGGAAGAUGACUCCGUCUCCGUCCACUCCACUGAAGGUCCUGCUGCUCCCUGCGGUGGACGAGCCGGUUCACUCAAUGGAGACAACAGCAGUGAGCACGGUGACCUCUUAGACCACAGUGCUGCAUCUCCAAGCACAGGAGAUGACGAUGAUAUGGAUAAGGACAGAAGAAACAAUAAAAAACGAGGGAUUUUUCCUAAAGUAGCAACCAACAUCAUGCGAGCAUGGCUGUUCCAGCACCUAACACACCCGUACCCGUCUGAGGAACAGAAGAAGCAGCUAGCUCAGGACACCGGACUGACCAUCCUGCAGGUCAACAACUGGUUCAUCAACGCCAGGAGAAGAAUAGUCCAGCCGAUGAUCGAUCAGUCCAAUCGUGCCGUCGGUCACAGCGGGCCAUAUCCUCCUGACGGUCAGUCGAUGGGAGGUUACAUGCUGGAUGGACAGGCUCACAUGGGCACCAGACCCCCAGGAUCACUGGCUGGGAUGGGGAUGGACACUCAGUGGCACUACAUGUAACCUGUGAGGGUCCAUUCAGCUACACCUACGCAUGAGAGCGUAUCGUAGAUGGCAUAUCAUCGACACCAGAAAUCCCAGAAACCCAAAUGAAUUACCUCUCUGUGGCUUAUGGAGCGCUGCUGCCUCACUGCUACAGCAACACAGAGACUGCUAUGCUUCAGCUGACCAUUAAAG